AUUGUUGUCUUAUUGUGUGUUUUUAUCUUUUAUGCGAUACAUCAAAAUAUCUAUUAAAGAUAUAUAACAGAUAAAUAAAAAGUUAGUUAUCUGCCUACUACAAGUGUAAAUGUGAAAAAUAUGGCCGGAUUAAAAUGUUCGUGUCCAAAUAAAUCUGAUAUCUUGUUUAUCAUUUUGACGUUGACUGCAGCAGGUAUUCAUGGAGUAUCUCAACUUUCUUACAUGACGUCAUAUACUAAAUCAUGUGAGCUCCAUACGGACGAUGUAAAGUGUCACAUACAUCAAGGACUGUGGUAUUAUUGUGAGACACCUCUUGGUAACAGCACUACAUCAUGUUCAUACGAUCACCUCGAGGACUGGGUAAGAGGUGCUGCAAUUCUAUCAGCGGUUGGCAUGGCAACUCUCGUUUUUGUGUGGAUGAUGGUAGUUGUUACGUCAUGUGGUCUUUUGGGUUUUAAAUUGAAACCUCUGAAAUUUGUUCUCACUGUGGUAUCAGAAGUACUGAUACUAUCAGUACUAAUUAUUUAUGGAAUGAAGUCACAGUCAAAAGAGUUCGGCUUUUGUUUUAUAUGUGAAAUAUUAACAGUGGUAAUUAUUAAUGCUACAGUAACAAUUUAUAUCGUUUUAUGGAUAAAAGAAAGACAAAAGGAACCAACUGAGAUGAAACCUCUGAUAGCUUCAGGUUGAUAGUAUUAUGAUCCUUGUGUUUAUGUGUUUUGUCUGUAUGGGUUAAUGCACAUUUAGUCAUGUUAUU